UGGUAUGCGUGUAGACUUUAUGAUACUGUCAACUUUAUACUAGGCCUAUACGUUAACACGGACGACUCUACUCAAUUAACUUUCAAUUAAAUGGUCGGUUACAUUAUAGCCUCAUCAUGUUUCCUCAAAUUCAAGUUUUUCUCAAUCUUUUGCUGUUCUGUCUCCAUAUAAACGCACUGGUCAACCAUGCCGACACUCGAGCCAAAAUCUUGAUUUUAGGGGCGGGGGCUUCUGGCUUACAAGCGGCCAGGACUCUCCACGAUAAUGGAAUGGAUGACUUUAUCAUCGUUGAGGCUGCUGAUCGGACCGGUGGGCGCGUCCAGAGCACACAAUUCGCUGGCUACACAGUGGGGCUUGGGGCACUGUGGGCAGCCCCAGAAAAUUCUAAAACCCAUCAAAUUGUCCGCGAUCUUGACUUAGGUCGUCACACGAGUGAUUAUGAGAGUUUGACGAUCCGCAACGCGACUGGGCACGAUGUGACUGACGAGGCCGAUGCGAACUACGAGCGUUUGGAGAAAGGCAUCGAAAAACUUCACGAACUGAGCGCAAGACUGAAACAGAAUGACGAUUUACCAGACAUAUCCAUGCGUUCUGCCCUUCGAAUCGGUGAGUGGAUACCACAAAGUGCGAUCGACAAGGCGAUCGAAUGGUUUGAAUAUGAUUUCGAAUACGCCGAGGCACCUGAGGUUUCUUCUACCAAAGCAGCUUUUGAACGCCUGAGUGAAGAGACCAUAGACUACAUCACUGACGAAGGAGGAUUCGAACGAAUCUUUGACGAGGUUGCUGGUUUCCUGAAGACGCCAGAAUACAUCAACCACACCCGUCUGAGCCAGAAGGUAGUAUCCAUAGAUUACAGGAAUGACGUAUCAGUAGUCGUGACGUGUGAGGAUGGCACGCGAUACAUCGGCGAGUACGUUCUUAUCACCUUCAGCAUCGGCGUCUUGCAGAACAAUUUGGUCCAGUUCAUCCCGCCUCUCCCAGAAUGGAAAGAUGUUGAGAUCAAGAAGUUUCAGAUGGCCGCGUACACCAUUAUCUAUGUUAGCUUUCCCAGCAAGUUUUGGGAUGAUGCCGAAUGGAUUCUCUACGCCAGCGAGAAAAGAGGUUACUUUCCACUGUUUCUCAACUACCAGGCAGAGGGGCUGUUUCCAAGCGGGACACCAAUGAUGAUGGUCACUGUUGCUGGUGAUGAAUCUCGGCGCGUGGAGGCACAACCUUCAAACACGACCAAAGCCGAGAUACAACAAGUCCUUCGUGACAUGUACGGUGACAGCAUCCCUGAAGCCACCAACAUCCUGGUGACUGACUGGUCUCAGAAUCCCCUCACCAAAGGCUCCUAUAGCAACGUCCCUGUGGAGGUUCCUACUAAAUGCCGCCAGAAACUCCAGAGCCGAGUGGGACGUCUCUUCUUCGGCGGCGAGGCAACUUCCGAAGACUUAAAUGGCUACAUCGCCGGGGGUUUAGACUCAGGGGACCGCGAGGCCCGCAAGAUGCUGCAGUGUCUUGAAGACUUCGCGGAAUGCCCGGCCUUCGAAGGGUUUGGCCUCGAAUGCGAAAAGGCUAAUAUGGCGUGCUCCAUUCGCAGUAGUAGUGCAUCGCUCUUAGGUCUUUGCAGUCUAUUUUUGAUACUGUAUUAUAUCUUAAACUAAGUUAGGCGGCGUCAAGAAUUUGGUUACCACUUGUUUAAGUUUUAUCAACCGCGGAAAUUGGGUUUAAUGCAGUGCCUCUCCGGCGAGAUUAUUAUGGUAUUGUUUUAGGUUAAUCUCAUCGGUGUGUCAUUUCUAACGUUCAAUAAGCAGGUGUACUCUCGGAUUUUUUUUUAAUCCAUGUACAAAUUAAUAUACAAAACGUAUACGUAUAGGCCUUAUACUCAGGCGCGGUUCUA